UUUUUAGCAAUGAGGAAUGGAUGAGAAAGAUUUUGUUGGUGUGAUGGCUGUCCGUGUGCUCCAAUUCUUUCUUGUUUUGUCUGUUUCAAUAACCAACUCCUUCUCCAAUGCUCAAAGUGUCCGUGACCCUUGUCAUCCCUCAGUGACCCAUCCAGGUGAGGGCCACAUCAUUGGAAAGAGGUCAGCGGAGGACUCGGGAACUCCGCAUGACAAGGUUAUCAACUGUAAAACAUCAGUUCCAUCGUCCAUAGCAAAAAGCACUGACGUUGCUAGCCACACAAUUCCAGUCUUCAACGGGAGCAAAGGAAUCAAGAACAGUUCAAAUGAAAACAUCUUUGAGACAAUCACAGACCACAGAAGCAACCGUAACUUCGUCAUUGAGAACAGUACGGGCGAAAACAACAACCUCAUCGGCACCAACAACAACAAGAAAAACAACAGGUUUAUUACAUACUUUGACGCCCAGUAA